AUUCUUCAGAUAUAACAUUUACCAGGUAGUCCUUUAAACCUACAGGCGACUUUUGCACAAUAUUUAAAGACAAUCAAUUGACUAUUGAACUGAUUUUUAGUUCAUUCAUUCAUUCCCUUACCCUUUCCAGUCGUUCCACCGCCAUAGUUGCUCAUUCUUUUUUCGUGCACGGCGACGAACGCACGCGCUCCUUUAGCUCCGCAGCUACGAACAUAUCGUACUCAAAAAUGUCUAAGCGCACAGCUAAAGAAAAAUUAAUUCACUAUCGUGAAAAAAUCAAGAGACUUGAACAAAUUUAUGAUUCGUCUUCAUCGGAAGAUGAAGAUGUUGUAAUGGACCCUGACGGUCCCAUACUGGCUCAUGAUCCUAUUAUACAGGAACCACAAAGAAACAUCGAAAAUCCCGAACCGGAACAUAAUAGUAGUGUACCGAUGUCGGACCAUAAUAACGGGAUUAUUGUACCUGAAAAUCAGGCAAAUUUACCGAUGUCGUCAGCUCAACCCGAGCUCGCUCCAGACAUGCUGCUCGCACUCGGAGAGUCCACAGAGGACACCCCGGAAUACGGCGAAAACAUCCACGACAAUCUAACGAAACUUUGGUCACCGUUACUUAAAAAAGGCAUGACGACCGAAGCUAGAGAUAAAAUCUUAAAAGACUAUUUGGUUCCCGACAACUGCCGGUUGUUACAAGCACCAAAAUUAAACGUGGAGAUUUCAGCAGCCGUACCCGAUAUGGUUCGUAACCGAGACAAAAAUCUGGCAGCGACGCAGCAGCAACUCGGCAACGGAAUCGCUGCUAUUAACAGGGCCAUGGAUAUUCUAAUCAAAUGCGUCGAUCCCAACGGAAUCAGAGCUAUGAAACACCUCAGCAACGGUUGCCGCAUUCUGUGUGACAUCCUUGCGUCACUUACUCAGAAUCGAAUAAAACUCAUCACCCCUAGUCUUGAUAAGUCGUUCUUGCAAGUUAUUCAAGAUACAGAACGUGAUGAAACGCUGUUCGGCAAUAAAUUGGCUGAAAAAAUCAAGGCGGCGAAGACCAUUGAAAAACAAGGUCUUCAAAUUAAGAAAACUUCUCCAAAGCAACCCGCGACGGCACAACCGUCGACAAACCGAGCGUCGUACUCGGGAAACUGGACAGCGCCCCCUCGUUACGCGUCGAACAGGGGGGGCGGAGAGGUGCUCGCAGGCUGGCGAGCUACAGCCGUCGGGCGCUUCCGGACGCACAGCCGGCCAAGGCGGCCCCUGCGACCAAGACGAGCGCCCAGACACCGUAACACAGGUAAUCUCAUCCAAAUAAGUCCGUUUUAUAACUCCUAUAUUAAACAUAAUACGGCUACAUAUACCGUUUUCAUUUGGGUCAGAUAUGGUUACCUACAUUUAAGGGCAUUUAACUCAGACGGGAAGUAAACACUCUUUACGUCAAAUACCCACAGUAUACUUUAUGUAAAGUUAGCUAUUCAAUAGCUGCUAGAUUUAGGAGCCAUAUCCGUGCCCCAGAUUAAAAAUUCGAUACAUAUAGAUAUUUAUCGGGUUUCUUCUUGUCCCGAGAUAACGGAGAAAAGCAUACAAGUAUUUAAUAAUUAUAACAAUAGCAUCACAAAAAAUAAAAAUGACGAAACAAAAUUGCACAAUUAUUUCGUUAAUGUAUCAUUUGAGACCAGUCCUCACACUCAUUUGAGUACCAGUCCGUCUGGAGGUUGUUUGAUUUUAGUCCUUGGAGCAAGGCUUUGAAAGCUGAAACACAACUAAUUAUGCAAUUUUGUUGCG